AUGGGCCUCAAGUUUCUGACGACAAUGAGCCAGUUGCAUGACCACUAUGCAAAUAACCCGACAGAAGAAUUUGCAGCCUUUGUGAUAUUUUCAGAUGGCUACAAUGCCACACCAAUCGGAACUAACGAGGGGGAAGUCCUCGAUUUAUCUGAUUUUACUCGUUAUGGGAAUGGGGAGCCCAAUACGACUUGCCUACUGAUUGGCAACAUGGAGAACCGGAGCGUCAGUAUAAUACCAUUUGAUAACGUCCCGUCCCUGGCUUCCAUCAAUGAGUUCGCUGCUCUGACCACCAUGGAGCAAUUUCAUUGUCUAUUUGCAGGAAUAGGAGGUUAA